AUGUCGUCCAGGAACAUUGAACCCUACCCUUUCAAGUUCGAGACCGAAGAGGUUACAAACCCCGGCUCUCAUUCGGAUCUCCGGUCCGAGGUUACUUUAACUUUAAAAAAUGUCCGGGGACGUAUACCGUCGCUGCAAGCGUCUCGCCUUCGUGGUCUUUGGCUAGAAGGCUACAAAGAUCCACAAAAGAUUCUGGCCUUUCCAUGCUCUUACGAUGGCCUUUCUUCACGGCUGGUUGAAGAAGCUGGCUUCCCGAUCGUGUUCAUGUCUGGAUUCAAUGUCGCUAGCGCAUUUGGACUGCCGGAUACGGGAUAUGUCGCCAUGCAGGAGAUGUGCGACAAAAUCCAAGAAGUCGUUCGACAAGUCUCCGUGCCCGUCAUGGCAGAUGGUGAUACUGGAUAUGGCAGUCCAAUGAACGUGAAGCGCACUGUAGAGUCCUUUGCAAAGGCCGGCGCAGCGGGUAUCAUGAUUGAGGAUCAAACGUGGCCGAAACGCUGCGGACACACCAAAGGCAAGUCGGUGGUCUCGCGUGAAGAAGCUUUCGCGCGCAUUCGAGCCGCAUGCGACGCUCGCGAUGAAGGUCAGGACAUCUUCAUCCUUGCGCGGACUGAUGCUUUGGUCGUUGGUUGGGAAGAGGCCAUGGCGCGUGCAGCUGAAUUCAAACGCCUCGGAGUCGAUGCUAUCUUCGUAGAAGCUCUACCAGAUCGCGCGGCUAUGAGACGGUGUGUGGAAGAGGUCGAUAUGCCCAUGCUAGCCAACAUUAUCGAAGGCGGCAAGACCGAGAACUUGUCUGCGAAAGAGCUGGCUGAGCUGGGCUUCUCUGCUGUAUCGUAUCCGUGGACGUUGGUCGCAGCAAAAUUGAAAAGCAUCCGCGAUACCUUGGAGAGCCUCAAACGGAGUCUGACGGUGGGACCACCUGAGAUGAUACUUUCUUACGACGAGGUGGUGGAAGGAGUAGGGUUCAAGAAGUACUGGGAACUGGAAGAGAAAUACAAGUAUUCGGAGUGA